CGUCUGUCCGGGCCCUGUGCCUGCAGAAUGUUUAGAUGAAGUUCCCCGUGGUCAGCAAAAGUUCAGUAGGUUGAGUGAUGGCGUGAGCUGACAGCUGCGGAGCCGAAGUCCUGGACGAGAUGGAGGUUAAAGGCAAUCAGUAAGCUGCCCGCUUCAUAUAAAGCCGGCCGUUGCAACCCAAGAAGUGGCCCUGCUUCUCGGAUUGUGCUUGGCCACGCCUGAGGACUAGAGUCAAUCAUUACCAAGAGUGUCUCUCACUUCAAAAACAUGAAGGCCUCGACGAUCUCGUGCCUGUUGGCCUCUGUUGCCUCGGCCGUUGCCCAGGGCAAGAAGUACACCAUUGAGGCUGCUGGUAUCAAGGCCCAGUUCAUCCCCUAUGGAGCCACCUUGACCAACUUGUUCGUGAAGGACAAGUUUGGCAAGGAUGUCGAUGUGGUUCUCGGCUACGAUGAUGCCAACUACUACCCUGUUGACCCUUCCCACCCCGUGUACAACGCCAUUCCCGGUCGCUAUGUGAACCGCAUCGGCAACGCCAAGUACACGAUCGGGCCCAAGACGUUCUACACUGAGAAGAACGAUGGCAACAACACCCUCCACAGCGGUACCAACAACUGGUCGUUCCGCACCUGGAACAUCAAGGAGCACACCAAGGACUCCAUCACCUUUGCCAUCCUCGACGCCUCCAACUCGUCUCUCGGCAUGAUUGGCGACGUCAAGGCCGAGGUCAAGUACAGUGUCAAGGACAGCACGUGGAAGAUUGAGAUGAGUGCCAAGUCUCCCGAGGCCAAGACCCCCCUCAUGCUCACCCAGCACACCUACUUCAACCUCGACGCCUACAAGAACCCCUACACGGACAAGGUCUGGAACCACACCCUGUACAUGCCCUACUCGAGCCGCUACCUCGUGGCCGGCGACGACGCCGUGCCGACCGGCGAGAUCGCCACCGCCGCGCCCGGAAGCAUCAACGACUUUGCGAGCAAGCGCGGCAUCCAGAUCGGCCACUCGAGCGGCAGCCCAGAGUUCCCGGGCAACUGCGGCGCCGGCGGCGCCUGCGAGGGCUACAACGGCUACUGGCUGAUCGACAAGGCGCCCAAGGAUGCCGUCGUCAUCACCCUGGCCAGCGGCUUCAGCGGCAUCAAGGCCGAGCUCAAGACGGACCAGGUCGGCGCCCAGGUCUACUCGUGCAACUGGUUCGGCGGGGACAACGUCCUCAAGAGCACCCAGGGCAUCCCCGCCAUCGGCCGGACCAACGUCACUCGCAGCUCCUGCGUUGCCAUCGAGGCUCAUGACUAUGUCGAUGGUAUCAACCACCCUGAGUGGGGACGCAAGGAGGCCCAGCUCACUGGUCCUGGCGAGAAGUACACCUGGACGAGCUCGUGGAAGUUCAGCCGUGCUUAGACCAAUCAGUCGGAAAAUUGCGAGAAGGACAGACGCGGAGACCUGAAGAGUGUCUCAAUAUUCAGUCGAGGGGAAAUGAUUCGGAUCCUUAUCAAGACCAGCCGGUGGAAAGCUACGAGGCUGGUAUCUGUGACUCUUCUCCCGCUAGACACUCUCCACCUGUAUAUAUGGACGCAGGUCUACUUGGCGCCAACAUUGGUUGAGUCAAUCCUCGACGUGUUACGUUUUUGCUGUGAGAACGCCCAAAAGUCAUCCAAUGAACGACGUAAACUUGCACGGGCCACGAUGACAAGUUGCUC